AUCUCGGCGGACGACGAAGCGGCGAUAGCGAAAGAGGGAGAGAAGGAAGGGGAAGGAGACGCCGGAGAAGCAGAAGAGCACAGCCGCAAUGGCGAGAGAGAGUCGCGGAUGAAGUUCGCCGGAGAAACCGCCAUGGAUCGCCAUUUUACGCCUUUCCCAGUCUUCUAUUUCGCGUGUUUCCCAUCGCCUCGUCCUCUCGUCGGUGCUAACCACACCUCCGCCCGCUUCUGCGCUCGUUAAUUGAUACCUGUUUGUUUCAGUUAGGGUUUCAAUUUUGAUUCAUUUUCUGUGUUCGUUGAGAAAUAGUCAUACAUAGGUAUUCUUUGAUCUGUUAUUUCCCGGCUAUGGAGCCGGCGGAAAAGCGGUGCUCGGUGGGAAACCUCCUCGUCCGGGCGCUCCUCAUCUUCGUGUCUGUUUUCCUCCUCCGAUUCGUGUACGUUGUCACUAUCUACGGCGGUUCCUGCACCGCCGGUGACAAUUGCUUCUUUUCUUUGCCGGGGGAAUCUCUUGCACUUGCGGGAUCGUCCGGAGGUGUCGUAGCUUCUUCCUCCAUCGCCUCAGCUGAUGCCGGCCUUGGAUACCCCGCGGAUCCAGCCGUCCGAUCCCUCUGGACCAGCCGAGAGUGGCGGAAGGCUGUCGAGUUCUAUUCCUCCGUGAUGCAGGAUCUCGUGGUGGAAGGAUUUCUCUCCCAGGACUCUAAGUGCCUGUGCGUGGACACCCCUGCUGGAUAUGAGGUGCUCGCUCUCAAGGAGAUCGGAGUCCCUGAUGCGGUCGGCAUUGCUAAGAAAAGCGCGCCACCGCUGGUAGUUGCCGGUGGCGAUCCUCUCUUUCUGCCGUUCAAAAAUGCCACCUUUGACUUCGUGUUUGCAGGGCAGAGUCUAGAUCAAAGCAAAUGGCCUGCGGAUCUUGCUGCAGAGAUCGCAAGGACGCUGAGACCUCAUUGGUUCCUUGUUGUGCUCACUACCUCCGCUGGAGAUUCCUACAGUCUCCACUCCCUCGCCCAACUUUUCCCUGGCUUCAUAAAUGUUCGAUCGAGGGAUAUCAACCAUUGGGAUUCGAAGUCUCAGCCUCUCCGUGAGAUAGUUUUUCAGAAACAAGAAGGCGUACACAUUGUUUUUACAAAGGUUAAUUCUCAUGAUGAAUGUCCAGUUCUAGAGCACAAGCUCCAGAUUCUUCAGUUAGCAGAGCCUCUGAUUGAGGAGGAGCCUUUAAAGCCAUGGAUCACCCUCAAGAGGAACAUCCAGAAUGUCAAGUAUUUACCAUCAAUUGCUGAUAUAAGCUUCAAGCAAAGGUAUAUUUAUGUCGAUGUUGGUGCUCGGAGCUAUGGCUCAAGCAUUGGUAGCUGGUUCAGGAAACAGUACCCUAAGCAGAAUCACACUUUUGAGAUAUAUGCUAUUGAAGCUGACACAGCAUUUCACAAAGAGUAUGCCACUAAGAAAGGUGUAAACUUGCUGCCUUUCGCUGCAUGGGUGCGCAAUGAAACUUUGACAUUUGAGAUUAAUCACGAUCCAGAUAACCAUGAUGUAGAGCAAGGCCGAGGAAUGGGUCGUAUCAGGCCUUUUGGGGCCUCUGAUGGUCGCGUUUCAACAGGUUCUGUGCAUGCAAUUCAGGGAUUUGAUUUCGCUGCUUGGCUGAAGAGGACAUUUACUGAGAAAGACUAUGUUGUGAUGAAGAUGGAUGUUGAGGGGACUGAAUUUGAUCUGAUACCGAGGCUGUUCAAGACAGGAGCUAUCUGUCUGAUCGACGAGCUCUUUCUUGAGUGUCACUACAAUAGAUGGCAGAAAUGCUGCCCUGGACAGAGGAGUCCAAAAUACCAAAACACAUACGGGAAAUGCUUGAAGCUCUUCACGUCACUUCGGGAUAGUGGAGUUCUAGUUCACCAAUGGUGGUAAUCAGUAUUUGAUAAUUGUCUUAUGGAAUUUGUUCUGCACACAGUACACUACUUCUGUAUGUUCAGUUCUUCAUUGUUGCAGUAAAGGAGACGCUUUUAUGUUUGAUAGGGUUUUAACCAAGAAAUGCGUAGCUAUGAACAAUCAUAGUUACCUAGCUGUUAUUUUCAUGAAUGAGGAGGCUAAUUCUUUUCUGUUGUGAUUUAAUUCUUUCUAGUAUGUAAGACAUCUGGACUGUUGAACUUUUAAGCAUGUGCUCUAUUUGUUCACUCAA